AUGCUCACUUCAGAAGGAUAUGCACACAUUCAUCCCGCCAGCAAUACACAGCAAACAACAAAUCAUACAAUGCAAUCCGAGCCUGGAACGAGCAAUAUCGGGGCAUAUCCGAUGCAACAUACAACAUCAUCUGACCUAAGAAUGUCUUUUCCCACUCCUUCUGAAUCAAAAGAAAUUCAUUCUUCUUUUCAACCAAAUCAACAGUAUCGUCAGAUGUAUCAAAAUCAACCACAAAGCAUGUACAAUAAUGGCCAUCAAGAUCACAAUCAGCAUCACCAGCAACAGCAGCUGGCUGCACCACCUCUGAUUCCAUCAGUGAUGCAAGCUAGACCUACUCCUCAUGCGCAGGACCGUCAAUCAACUUUGCUUGGGCAAAUGUCAUCGUUUGGGCCACCGUAUCAUCAAUCAAAGCCUCUUCAACGUCAAGGUUCCCAAUCAGGUAGUAGCUCCACAGAAGGAACGCAUGCACGCGCAUAUCGAAGUCGAAAAGAUCGUCCAUGUGAUAGCUGUCGAAAGCGCAAGAGUAGAUGCAUCAUCGAAGAAACAGGACAAGAUUGUCAAAGUUGUCGAAUGAAUAACAGAAAUUGCACGUUUGAAAUGUCUCCUACACCACGAUCAAGACCGAUCAAAAAUGAAGAUGGCGUUGUGGUUGCUUCUGUUGUCGUACCACGCAAAAGAUCUCAUUCACAACGUCAAAUGAGCAAUUCUUCUUCACCUGCAGAUAAUGAACAUUCUAGAUCAUCAAUUAUGCAAAUCAAUUCUGCAUCUUCAGAUGAAACGCCACGUCCGCCGCCUCCGGCUCCUCAGCCUUCUUCACAUAUGACGCCUUUUAGACAACCUCCUACUCCUCAAAGGUCAACGAGUACGAGUGAUGUAAUUGGAACUUCACCUACCAUGGCUUCAGUGUUGCACGGACGUAGAUCAAGUCAAACGCAGAAUGCAUUUGGCUUGGUUCCAUCUUCGUCUGUUUCAUCAACGUCAUCCCAUCCAAAGCCUGGCAUCACAGCUGAUCAAGGAGAAGAAGGUGAACAAUCAAUGGUAAACGAACGUGCCACGUCAACGCAACUUUACCAAUUGAUCUCAUCAGUCAUGUUCAAGGAAGACAAAGAUAUAUUCAAUACCGCUGAAAAUGAGAGAGUAAACGAAGUAUCAAAUGAACCUCUCGAACAUAACGAAGAAGAUCAAGAGCAUGAGAAAGGUAUGAUUGGAGUAGUUUUGGGAAGCUGUUCAUCCGAAGACCCUCAAUUGUUACGACAAGCAGGCUCACCAGGCUCAACGCACAAGCAAGGAGCAGCAACGAGCCCUGGCAAUGAUCAAACGUCAAAUUCAUCAAAGACUACAAUGCCACCACCUGCCACACCUGAGAGGGAUUCGGGAUCUGCCGCAACGCAUAAUCAAAACGGCCAUAGUUCUUCCAACUCUUACCCGCUCCAGGUUCGACAAAUGAACGGAGAUCCGUACAAUCCUGUCUUUUUUGCUUUUGUGCCUGCCCAUCCGUACGGUCGUAGUAACAACAAGACUGGAAGUCAAAUUGGCUUACCGGGUUAUGCGAAGCUGAAAGAAUCACUGCAAAGCAGGAUCGGACAAUUGAUGGUUCUGUAUUCUCAAAGAGAUUCAGCAGCUUUUCCAUUGUUGUUCGAAUCACAAAGACGUAAAUUUCGUCAAACGGCCGUAGAAGCAUCAACGAAAAGUGCAAACGUGGAUGUACCUUUACCGUUGGUCUUGGCAACUGCUACACUUGCAACUGCGACCGUUUAUGAUGUGACUUUGAGACCGAUCUCCAAACAAGCAUGGGGUUCAAACUUGCAUGCACUCAUGCAACAGUUUGAGCAUUCAACGCUGACCACAAUCCAAGUUGCUUUGACCGAUCUUACUGGUCGACCAUCGAUCAAUACGAGUGGAAACCUGAUGACGUUCAAUCAAACGUUAGCAAUCAGUCAUAUGUUGGGUUUGCAUCUCGAUCCGACAAAUUGGACGAUCUCAAACGAAGAAAAAGAUGUUCGAAUUCGGUUAUGGUGGGCAACUGUGAUUCAUGAUAAAUGGUCUUCUCUUUGUUGGGGUCGUCCAAGCACAAUCCAUCAACAAGAUUAUACUGUUCCUUUGCCACGUAGAAAUGGAUUUUCACCUUGUACUGAACAUUUGGAAGAUAAAGGUUUGAAAACGUAUGCAUUUGGAACAGGUUGGCAUACACAUCAAAAUGCACAUACGCCCGGUGAUACAUUCUCUGGACUUUGUCGAUUGACAUUGAUCUUGAGUGACAUUUUGGCAGAAUUUCACAGUGUGAGAGGUAUUCAUGUCAUGCAUCGAAAUUCGUUUGCCGUUUCACAACGUGUGAAAGCUUAUUUGGUUCAAUUGGAAGAUUGGAUGGAUUUAUUACCCUCAACAUUACGAAGUGUUCUCAAAUGUGAUGAUGGAGGUGCACAAGGAACAGAAGGAAUCCCAGGAACACGUUCUUUGCAACUUUCUUAUUUGGGCGUCAAUUUGUUGUUGUGUCGAACGCUACUUGAUUCCGUAACAACAAAGGGAACACAAGAAUGCGAUAGGCACAUUCCCGCCCAUAGAACUGGUUUGCAUGGUUGUUUGAUGAUGGUCGAAUAUUUAGAAUCGCUAGAUGAGAACGACUACGGAGGCUUCUUCUUGCAUUAUGGCUCUCAUCAUAUCGCCUCUUGCCUUUCCUUACUUGCACGUUUGUGUUAUGGCUUCGCACGUUUGGGUCAAGAAGAUUCUUUGCAAACUUCGAUCAUCUGUAUGUCUCGGUUGCUCGUACGACUUUCUGAUGCCCAUAGAUUGUACAAAUGGGAUUUGGCAGAACUUGCGUUGACUCGUUCUAGAGCUAUCUUGCCUGCAAUGGAAGCUUCCAUUCCGGAUUGGACCAAGUUCUUCGGUGAAUCUCCCUUUGCGCAAGAUGAAGAGGGCGGAGAACAAGACGGAACAAGUAGUGACGUUUUCAACAAUCGUUCUCGCCUCGCUGGAACUACUACAGUGAAGAAAGAGUUUGAUGAAAAAUGUCAAAAUCAUACACAACCAAGCAAACAGGCCCAGGCGCCAAGAAAUGCAGGCACGAUGAUGGGGAAAAGUCAACCUUCUAACAAUAAAAUAGCACUUUCAACUCUGAAUGGACUUGUUCUUCACUCUCAGAAUAGUCCAACAGCACAUAUCAAUCCUCGUACCGCAGGUCUGAUGGGCAUGCUUGGAAUCGGAAUGAACAGCGUGAAUGGGUUCCCUACCGGUCCGAACGAGCAAGGGAUGGGAGCUUUAUUCCAUCCAUAUAUGGAUAGCGGUCCAUAUGCCAGUAUUCCGAUCGAUGCAGCAGGCCUUCCAUAUCCGAUCGGAAUGAACAAUACUUCUUCUGCUCAAAGUACACUGCAAAACGGUCAUGUUGCUUCUCCGGCGAUUGGAAGUAGUACAACGGGUGCAAGUCAUUUAUUAAGCAGUAUGGAAGUUGAUUGGCUUGGGAUGGGUUUAGAGCCAAACACAUACUCUGAAUAUUUUGUUAAUUCGUCUCUCAUGAAUGGCGCAGGUAAUGGUAUCGGAAGCAGCAAUAGCAACAGUAACGGAAAUUGA